AUGGCGCAGUCUCUAAGGGCCAGCACGCGUCUCUUCGCUCGGAUGAGCUCCAGAACGUUGCCAGCUUCUCGCCGAAGCUUUGUUGCUGCCCCAAUCUCAAGGAUGCCGGACUUGAUCCAAGACAUGUACCUGAAAGAGUUACGAGCGUACAAACCUCCGCCACAGAAAGCCUCGGACGCCGAGGGACACGUUCAAAAAUUCACACCUCCCGCUGUUCCCAAGUCUCCCGAAGAGACUAAUUUGGCAAGUGAAAUGAAGGAAUACGAGGAUCAAGUCGUCGAGAUCGAAGGACAAGCUGCACCAGGCGAAACACAGCCUGAAGAAGACUUUUUUGAGGACAUUGAAGCAGACGACGAACCGGCACACCAUUGA